UUCCGGCGUGACCUUUUUUGUUAAAUUUCAGAUUCAAACUCCCAUGACUUCCUUCAAGGAACUAAAGCGUCCAGACGAACAACUUCUGUUUCUUUUUAGAUAAACAGGAUAAAUUGUAUAUCGUUAAUGAUGAGUUGUUCCGUUUAUUGCUGUCGUGUGAUUUUGUGACGCAUUUGGGGAGGCCAAAUCUUUACUCAUUGACUCUGGUGCAAAGUUUCACUUUAGAGGGGGUCCGGUUUGGGGGCCUCAGUAUGGCAUCUCAGCUUUUUGCAGACGAUGUGGUUCUGUUGGCUUCGUCAGGCUGUGAUCUCCAACCCUCACUGGAGCGGUUCGCAGCAGAGUGUGUGAAGCGGGCGGGAUGAGAAUCGGCACCUCCAAAUCUGAGAUCGUGGUCCUCAGUCGGAAAAGGGCGGAGUGCCCUCUCCGGGUCGGGGAUGAGAUCCCGCCCCAUUCGGAGGGCGGUUUUGUUCACGAGGGAGGGAAGAAUCCGACGGGAGAUCGACAGGCGGAUCGGUGCAGUGUGCAGUGAUGCAGACUUUAUAUCGGUUUGUCAUGGUGAAGGAUUCUCGAUUGAGCGGUGAAUCUUCGUUCCCUCUGCAAUUUUGAAGCUCGCUCGGCGCCAUGUCGUCCAAGAUCCACGUGUCCCUGGACAACCCGUACGGGCGGGUGACCAUCCCUCGCGCCAAACUGCGCACGUCCGCCGACGCCGCCACAGUCAUCGCCAAUCCGGCGGCGCUCAACGGGAACGACCCCGACCCCUACGUGGCCCCGGCGCCGCCGUAUUUGGUGAAGGACGCCGAGGAGGACGGCGGCGGGCGCAACACCUGUUGCUACCGAUGCCGGAGGAGGAAGUGAUGUCACAGCCGGACGCCGCGAGAUCGCUUGCCUACGUUAACGAAAGACGUCGACUGAAGUGAAGUGAGAUGGCCGCUAGGUUGCUAGCAGCUAACAGCUAGCCUCGCACAACUGACAAACCUCCCGUUGAACUCUUGGAAAACUCUGAAAAUGAAAGACUGACGGCGUCAUUGUUUAAAAAAAAAAAAAAAAAAAAAGGAAUAAACUCGUUAUCUGUUGAUAUUAUUCAAAUGUUCAUUUUAUGGUUUUGAGUGUUCAAAUGUGAGCGUUUUUAUCCUUCAAGAUGUUGAAACUUUUGUCAAACUAUGACCUAACCUGGAACUGAAUGAAGGGCAACCAAGGUCAACCGAAGUUAACGAUGGCUGAGAAGCUGGAGGAGGCCACGCCCGCCACAGGGGCAAAUAUUCGCGUUGUCGUGGCAACUACUAACAAUUAUAAAAUUUGUUGGCUCAUUCAUUUAUCAAAUGUGUUUUCCUGUUUUUCAGAUCAAAUAUUUUCUUGUAGUCAGUGUAGAAAAUGACAAUGGAUGAAUUGUACAUUAAUAUACUUUUUUUAUGAAGCAUUUUGAAUUGUAUUUCUUUUUAAUAACUUCUUCUAACACACAUUUGGGGUUAUUGAAUGUUGCCCUUGCUGUAUUAUCACCAGUAGAAAGAUAUCACACUAUUUUUUCAUUAAAAAUGUAUUUGAAAAA